AUGGAGAAAUCGCGCUACACCGUUGGUUGGAUCGCAGCCCUCAGCAUUGAGCUCACAGCUGCCAUCCAAAUGUUGGAUGAGCAGCACGAUCCUCCUGCCGAUUAUUUCACGCAUCCUACGGACACGAAUGCGUACGUGUUUGGAAGAGUCGGAGACCAUAAUGUCAUUAUCGCCUUUCUCGAGGCAGGUGCAUACGGCACAGUUCCAGCAGCCACGACAGCAACCAACUUGUUCAGAUCAUUCCCCAGCAUCAGAAUAUGCCUCUUGGUUGGAAUCGGAGCCGGGAUUCGUCGUAAGGGGUUCGAUGUUCGCCUUGGUGACGUUGUCAUCAGUCAGCCUGAUGGGAAGUCGGGCGGAGUCUACCAGUAUGAUCUUCAAAAGGCCAGGUCUGAUGGCCAACUUGAGAAGAUUGGAGUACUAGAUAGACCUUCGACCCUCCUGCUGAAAAUCUUGAAGCGAGUCCAAGCACACCAUGACGCGUAUCCAUCGAAAGUUCCGGAACACACGAAACGCAUCACCCCUAAGAUGAAGAGCAACAAACCAGGGUACGUGCACCAAGGACUCGAGAAUGACAGGCUCUUCAAGUCUACCUUCUCUCACGUUUCUGAAUCUUCGGCCGUCGACCAUGAGGACUUCGAUUUUGACGACUCGGACCCCGGAGAACCAAGCAAGACCUGCCCUCACUGCCCUUCGGAGGAAGAGGUCAAACGUCAGGAGCGUCUCUCUGGAACCGAUCCUCAAUUCCAUUACGGGACUAUUGCCUCUGGCAACACUCUCGUCAAGGACGCCAAUUCACACAAGAACGACCGAUGGCAGCCUUACGCGGCGUUGACUGCUGCAGCGUAUGCGAGGGAGUUCCUGGAGUUCGCGCCCAGAGGAGACAUUGAGACGGAGAAGCCUUUGGCUGAGCAGCUCGAUGACAGUGGCAUUCAAAAUACCACAACCGAGACCAAUGCAACGCUUGAAGUUGAAAAGGCGGAGAAAUGGCUUUCUGCAUUCGACCCUUCAGGUAACUACAAUCUCUCAAUCGAUGAACGUAAUAAGGGUCUCAGUGAUUCAGGAAAAUGGCUUCUGAAGACCCAAGAGUUUCUUGAAUGGAAGAAUACGAGGAACUCAUUUCUAUGGCUCUACGGCCUUGCCGGAUGCGGCAAAACAAUUCUGUGUUCCAUAGCUAUUGAACACCUGAAGUCAGAAGUCGACCGCAUCGUUCUCUACUUCUACUUCGCAUUCAACGACCAGCGGACCCGUUCUAAGGGUAGUCUGCUGCGGUCACUCAUUAUGCAACUCAGUCGUUAUGAUGAGCGCGCGAUGGAGAAACUUGUUGAACAGAAGAAAGAUAACAAAGACGAGCAACCAUCAGAUGAAGAACUAGGAAACAUAUUCAUAUCCAUGGCCGCCCUCUUCAAACAAGUCACGAUUGUACUCGAUGGUAUUGAUGAGUUGGAACGCAAAGAGGAGACGAGACGCAAUGUGCUCCUAUGGAUCAAAAAGACCAACAGCGUCGAUGCUGCAGACAUACGAAUCCUUGCUUCCAGCCGCAACGAAAGGGACAUAGCAAUGGAAUUAGAGGCCAUCGGCCCAGCUUUCGAACUUACUCCCGAGACAGUCGAGGAGGAUAUCAAGGCCUUUGUCCACAAGCACAUCCAUGACGAGUCCUCUCGUUUGCGCCGUUGGCGCAACCGCCCGGAUGUACAGGAAAUGAUCGAAGACACACUCACUGAGAAGGCGAAUGGAAUGUUCCGUUGGGUCGCCUGUCAGAUACAGGCCAUACAGGAUUGCCUUGAUUUCAAAAGCUUACGCGAACGGUUGUCAUCUUUGCCAAAGACACUAGACGAGACAUACGACCGGAUCAUCGAGGACAUAUGGGAGAGGCAGCAAUGGGAAGCAAUAAAGCUUCUUCAGUUCCUGGCAUUUGCGGAGCGACCUUUGGAACUUGUUGAGGCUAUCGACAUAAUCGCUGUCGAUUUGACAGAGACGCCAUCUUUUGAUCCCAUCAAUCGGAUGCCUGAGCCGCUGGAAAUAAUGGAAAGGUACCUGCGAAUUCUUCUAUCGUCAGAAUAUGUCUCGGAUAUCUGGAAAGCGUCCUACCAUCCGUGA